UUGACAUUUGUCAGCUACUUUGCAAAAACAGCAAUUCUUCAAAAAUUCAAAACACAUUCUUGAAUAACUUGUGCUGUUGGCCAGUUUGUAAAAUAUUUCCUCAAUACCACAAAUCCGAAUCCCAAAAAUAUGAUGAGUUAAAAUUUCCCGCAACUAACAACACACAAAAUUUAAAUUACAAACAUCAAACAUGUCAUUCCAAGAUAUUUUAGGUUAGAUUAAUGUUUUUAUAUCAAAAUUUACAAGAAAACAAUUUAUAUAGUCGAGGAAAGCCUUUCACAUUUAUUUAACAAUAAUGUCAGGCGGAAGCGUGAACAUCUGCAGUGUAACUACAGAAGUCAAACAGGCAUUAACAGAAUUCAGAUUUAGAAAAGCAAAUGAUACAGCUGCAUUAGUUCUUAAAGUUGAUAGAGAAAAGCAGGAAAUAAUUAUAGAUGAAAAACUCGAGGACAUUUCCAUUGACCAGCUUCAAGAUAUUUUACCUAGCCAUCAACCUCGAUAUGUAGUGCUAUCUUAUAGACAAGAACACAGAGACGGAAGAAUAUCGUACCCGUUAUGCUUCAUAUUCUUUACACCAAGAGAUAGUCAUGCAGAAUUGCAGAUGAUGUAUGCUGGUUCAAAGAUUGCGUUGCAAAAAGAAGCUGAACUUACUAGAAGCUUUGAAAUAAGAGAAUUGGAAGAUUUAACUGAAGAAUGGUUAUUGGAGAAGUUGGGGAAUUAAGGAAUAAGAGCAGCAAAUACAUCAAGACAUCAAUAGUUCCUUUAUAAAUUAUAUGCUUUGUUUGUGUACAAAUCAUUAUUUUUAUAUUUCCUGCGCAGUAACUCCAUAACAUGAAUUAUAAACUGGCGGUGAAGUACGAUAAUAGCUUUCAUGAACGUUCUUUAUUUUAUUGCAUUGAUAAUGAUUUAAAACACUAGGAAUUGAAUAUUUCUACAAAAAAUCAGAAAAUUGUGAAUUAAUGUCAGUAAACCUACAGAUAAGUUAACCUAUAAAGUCCUGUCAUGCAUAUUUUGAUCUUAAAUAAAUAAAAGUGGGAGCUCCACAGGCUAUUAUUCUAUAUCCAUUCCACGCAAAAGAAGCUCAAGGCAGAGAUAGGUGGAACAUUUUACGGGAGGCCUAUUCUCAGCAGUGGACAAAUAUAAGCUAAUUUAUGAUUCCACACAAAAUUCAUUUUUUUGUAGCCAGAGCGUUUGUGGACAUCCCUUACAGUGUUGGGCAUAUAAUAUCUGAGAUUAUUCUUUUAUCUGUGGAAGAAAUCGAGUCAAUAUAUUUUCUAGCAAACAGCAUCACAAUUGUAACAUCGCCGUAUCACCGACAGUUUAUAAGAAACAAAAUAUUAAGUUAAGAAAAGUAACAUAUGUAACUGAUUAUGAACAAAAUUAGUAUAAGAUUAUUUUAUUAUAUAUUUUAAAGUUUUUAUUAAAAAUAUUGCAUUUAGUUUAUACAAUCAGAAAGUAGUCACUUUUAUUUUAAACAUAAAUAUACAGAUCUUGAUUGAAAAGCAAUAAAAUGAUCUCAAAAAUGUUCUCAUAUCUUAUAAUAUAUACCGUUGGUAUGUUGGAAAAAUAUUUGGAACAUUUAAAAACUUUUUGUAAUAAGAGUGUGAUGCAGGUUUAAGAAAUUGCUGGUAUAGAUCAUGGAUCUGGGGAUUAAACCGGGAAUCUAUGGUACUGGUGUCGCCAGUACCACUUAAGUGAUUAAAUACUAAGCCCAGACCAGUCAAAGGCCAGACCAAGACUCAAUUCCUUCUCCUACGCCUCGAUCAUCUUUUCCUGACAGAAAAAAAUAACACUCCCCGCCUGGGAUCUGAUUUAAUUUCGCUUCUCAAUUAUUGUCAAUGUAAACAAACACUUAUCGCUCUGCUAGCGGCAAUUUCCAAAUCAAAUAAAUGAUUGGAUUUUGUUUAUCCUUAUCAACGAGACAAUAAAAGUGUUUUUCUUUGAAAUUUUUUUUAAACACUCAAAUUAAAACCUUGUACGGAAUGGAACAAAAAAUGAUAUAAUAUACAAUAAUUUUCUUCGGAAAUAAAUACAUAUUUCUGUUGUACUAUAAUAUAUUAUAUUUUUGCAACAUAUUAACACUACGCAAUAUUUUGUUGGUCUGUUUGGUACAAUGUAUGUUUAUUUUUUGACACAAAAGUAAUAUGACAUGUGUACAUUAAUAAUGUACAUAUCCGUCCAUUCUUCCUUCAUUUUCUAAUGAACUCAUGUUGCAAAGCAUAUCUUUAGUAAUUAGAUCUCGUGAGAAACGAUAGUGCUAUGCCAAAAAGAAAACCUACAGCGUUUGUUAUGUUGUUUAACAGACCAAUAUGUAUAAAAAUUAAUUUUCACAAUGCGAAAUUGUACAUUUUUUACAUACACAGAAUUUAUUUGUUUUAAAUAUAGGUACCUGAAAAUAUAAGUGGUUCAGUAUUUAUGCGUUGGGCAAUCGAACUUUGUCAAAUAUGGGACCAUGGUUAUAAUUGAUAAUGCGAUAUAAAAUUUAUAAUAAAUGAUAAAUUGCAAUUAUUACAUUUUUUUAAAUGGUUGAUUUUAAAAGAUAAAAGUAAAAUAUGUGUGGCAGCAGUCAGCACACCAUUCAAUUACAAGUUGUAAUGUGGGCACCACAUCCUACUCCGAUUAUUUCUUUCCCUAAACUAUGUUGAAGAUGUCGCCACAAAUUAUUUUUCCCUUUUCUAGCGGCCCCACCAAAAUUUGUAUUAGUGUUGUCAGCACACAUAGCUACUAAUUUUUCCUUAAGGUUUUUGUUUUUUAUUAGUUCCUCAAGCAUUUUGCUCUGGGUAUCAGAUUGUUCGUUUGGAAGCGAAGAAAAUGAAAUCAUUUUAACGUGGACUCCGGAUAACGGCAAAAAAUAACGAACAAGUACAGGAAAACAUUUUUCUGCCUUUUUGUUUGAUGCGUCUAUGCUGAGAGAAAUAGACCCACACGUACUCAAUUCUUCGUCCACUUCGUUAAUGGAUAAUGGAGCCAAGACAUUACAUACGAUUGCGUCACUUUUUGUCUUUCCAGAUGAAUAUUUUGGCUCAUAAACCUUUUUAAUGAGUUUGGAAAGACAGUCAUUUGUCCUAAAGCUGUGUCCAUGAACAACUGCAUGGUAGGCGAACAUGCCUUCUUGUGCAGAGAUUUUAUCAUCGGUGUCCUUUUUUAAGAUGAAAUUCUGUAAAUUAGAAGAAGAGCUGACAGCUUUCUCAGCAUCUUUAUGUUUUUUCGUUUUUGUAUGUUGGGUAAUAUCAUUUCUUCCUCCAUGAGCGACAGAAAAAUGGACACCACAGGUUUUGCAUAGUACUUUUGAUCUGUCAGCGGUAGAAAUGUCAGUUUUAAUAAACUUAAAUUCUCUCUCCAAAUCUUCAUUGAAAACACAUAACCGUUUUUGUUUUUUUGAGAGUGACAUUAUUCGCAACACAAACACCAAUUAAUAUUAAUGAUGACACUUUCACAAGUACGCUAAAACUGAGCAGCCAUGCGACCGUAUUCACCGAAAGAGAGACACAAUACAACUGGCACUAAACUCAUGCACGCACUGGCGACUAGACCUUUAGGUAGAGAAUUUUGCACUUCUGUCGAAUGUGCAUGUCGGUAGGCGCACCUGACGGUACAGUGUACAGUCAACAAGAAAAGCUUCUCGUUCAUCGCGAAGUACAGCCGAUGCAACAAAACACGCAUUAAGUAGCACAUACACGAUACAUUUUCAUGCACUUUUUAAAACUGUACUAGUUUUUUUUAAGCUUUUAUGAAUUGCGAUGAAACUAUUAAUAAAUUAUUAUCUUUGUUAGUAAAAAUAUACAUUUUUUUAUUUUUGCGUGAAACCGGGACAUUUUAGGGAAUUUUCUGAAACCGACGGGACGCCCUCAAAAGCGGUCAAAACCGGGACUGUCCCGGCCAAACCGGGACGUAUGGCCACCCUAAUUACAACCGGUCAGGCAUUUAAUUGAUCAGAUAUCAAAAUUUUAGAUAUAGAAAAUAACUACAAGAAACGAUUAUUUCUCGAAAUGUACCACAUCAAUAAAACUAAGAAUUCAAUUAAUUACAAAACAGAUACCAGCAGUUUGAGUGAUAUUUAUUGCAAUAUUUUACAAUUCUAAAAAUAGCAAAAAUACUUAACAGCUGGUUCGAUAAUAGACUUGUUGACUCUUUAACACAUCUUGAAAAAAUUAUUCGUCUCAGUGUACGCUUAGCACUGGUGAAAACGAUGUGUGGUUCGAAGCCACAUUGCUGUAUAUUAGAAUAGAUUUACAACAUUUCGUAAGUCAUAUUAUUGUAAUAUGUAUUAUAAUUGUAUCUAAUUGUUAAUUAAUUGUGUAGUUUGUUCCUGAGGAAGAUGAAAAAAUAAAUUAUUAUCGAAAUAUCGAACUUAACAGAAAUAAAUAUAGUUUCAAUCUAAGACACAGCCCACAAUUUCCGAUAAUUCAACACCAUUCCAUAGUGUUAUACAACAUACCUCCACAGUCGAUAAAUACAAAGAAUUUUGUAAGUCAGUUCUAUAUAUAUAAUAUAUUUAUAUAGUUUAUUAUUAUUACUACAUUUAUAAUCUAUGGGAUAUACUACAUGCAUUUAACUACGCAGUUUGUUUGCCAAUGCAUCUAAAUAUUGAACGACUUAUAAUAUUGAACUGUUUAAAAAGUAUUAUAUAUCGAUGUAAAGCCUUAAUUUAUGUAUGAAUUUUAUAUCUUAUCCACUGCAAUUUUGAGGGUGUUUAUUCCAAAAGAAAUAAUGUAGCACUGCCAUAACCUUUACUAAAAAAUGAAGUUUUGAUAUGUUUUAUUAUUUGACUCUGUAUGAGAAAGAAAAAUAUAGUCGAUUGGUACUGUUGCACAGAGUUGUAAUAUACUUUUGAUGCAAUUGUUGAUAUUAACCCUAGCCCUAGAAGGACCAAUGAGGGUUAAAAGUUAAAAAGUAUCCACAACAUUGCAUUACAUCCGAUUUUCUAAAUUCCUUUAUUCCUAAAAAUCUCAAAUAAUUAGUAGUUGUCGGUAUACUACUGCCCUAUUAGAUGGUAUAAUUAGCAUUUCUAUAAUUUAAUUCAUUUCCUCAUACUUUUAUAAAAACUUGACAGUGGACUAUAAAUCGACACCCCCAUCGAACAAGGUUGUAACUCAGUUUUAAUGAUUUUACAGGAGAGGCAAAAAACGAAAACAUGACUUUUUAAAAAUUUGUAGCGAAAUAAUUAGACUUUUUACACUAAUGUGAUAUGAUAUUUAUAUCAUAAUAAGGGAUUACUGUGAGAUGUAUGUUUUGUAAUUUUAAUAGCUAUUGAAAAUCUUGAGUUUGAUUCAGAUACAACCUUGAAAUUAAACAUGAGUAUUCGUAGAAAAAGGUUGUAAGUCGCCUAACAACUAUUUUACACUCUCUGUGUUAAUUAUUUUUCCCGUUUAACUAUUAAAAGGUUGUAUGUUUUGAAUUAUUUGCAAUAUAGCUAGGAGAAAAUAAGUUUUUAAGGGAUAUUUAAACAAAAUAUCAACUAACAGUAUUCACAAUUUUAAUUGGAAAUUAUAAAUUUCACAAUAACAAUAAUAUUCUACCACUAUGAAAAAAUCAUGGUAUAAAAUAUCUCAAAUUUUUCGCAUUUUCAUUGCGUAUCUGUAAAUAUUUAAUUCUAGACCAUUUUACUUGAUUAAUUUAGUCUUUUAAUAUUAAUAUCUACAUCAAAAUUAACAUGUGUGUCCUUAAAUAUGUUAAAAUUUAGAAUUUGGUUCUGAUUUAAUUCAGUUACGGAUUUAGGCUUGCCUGAUACUUUGGCAUAUCGUAUCAUGGUUAUCCAUUGGUCUGGAGCAUAUACGACUUAAUGUUUUUUACGUUUUUGUAUAAGGGCAUGCAUUGAAUCACCCUCUUUUGUGAAUGUGCUAUUUCGAAAAAUACAUGUGUAAUGUUAAUAUUACACUGUUUCACUAUAUAGAAGUAUGUACCAACAACUAUUCUAUUCCACCGCAACUAUCAAAAUGGAAAAAAGUCCUUAAAUCCUUUUUUUAUUUUCAUUUCGAUAAAUUGACUUAUGAGAUACACCAUAUGUUUAAAUACUUAAUAAAUUAAACAUACGUGCAACAAAGUUGUAACUCAUUUAACAACCUUGUUAAUCGUCAAGUAUAAAGAAAGUAAAUAUUUAACAUAGGGAGUAUCCAGUGUUACUGCCUUUUUCACGCUAAAAUGGCACACGUAAGUUAAAAUACAACUUUUUUCAAUGGAGUAUUAGCCAAACUAUUGAGAAUUAAACUAUGUCGUUUAUAUUGACGUUUGGGCAAUUUUUUGCUGAAUUCACCUGUGUUGAAAUCUGAAAAUAGAUGUAACUUGAGUUACAACCUUGUUCGAUAGGGGUGUCGAAAUAAUCCCCUUGAAAACCUACAUCACCAUCCCAAAAUGGAAAGGGACGAUAUCAUUCAUGUGUCAAAUUAGCAAAAUCUAAAAGAAAAAAAAAAGGCCAAUAAGUGGGCAAAAACAACCAUAGUUUGUUCAAAAUGCAAGUAUGUAUGCGGUAAGCACAGCAAGAAGUCAAAAAUGUUUAUAUAUCCUACGAAGAUGCCAAUUCCACUGAAGCCGAAGACUCCGGGUAAAUUAUAAAUUCGUAUCUUUUAACUGUCCCAUAAACGUCUAGGAAUAAUAUAAAAGUGUUAUUUUUAAAAAACUCUAAAAUGAAGUAAAAACCACUUCUAUGUAAUUGGUAUAUUUAUUAACAUCUAAAAAAAUUUUUAAUAAAUAUACCAAUUACAUAGAAGUGGUUUUUACUUCAUGUUAAAGUUUUUUAACUAUAUGGUAUACAGCCAACCUAGGGAACUUCCCUUUUAGUUUGUUAUUUUUAAAUUAGUUUAAAUAAAGAAGCACGUUUUUGAUUAAUCUAUGUGUGGACAUUUAUUAUACGAGUAUAUAAACAUUGUAUUAAACUAUGUGUGGACAUUAUGUAUAAAAAAUGAAAUGUUAUGUGUGGUCUAUCCUAUUGUAUGGUUGUGAGACAUGGACGUUAAAAACCACAAUGCUAAACAAAAUAGAAGCAUUCGAAUUGUGGUGUAUCGACGAAUCCUAAAGAUAUCGUGGGUUUCGCACACUUCCAAUGAAGAUGUUCUUCAAAUGCUGAAUUCAGAACGUCUGCUCAUAAGCAUCAUAAAGAGGAGAAAAACAGAAUACUUCGGCCAUAUAAUUAGAGGAUCUAAAUACCAUCUGCUUCGCCUUAUAAUACAAGGAAAAGUGGAGGGAAAGAGAUGGAUUGAUCGAAAGAAACUUUCAUGGCUGCGUAAUAUUAGACAAUGGUGUGCACAGUAGAAGAAUUAUUUCGCGCAGCAGCCGAUAGAGAGAUUUCAAGAAAUUGUAAACAUGAUGACGGCCAACGUCUGAAUACAUACACGGCACCUAAAGAAGAAGAAGGACAUUUAUUGACCCUCCUUGGUCCUCGCUGUUUCUACUAAAAGGUUGGUCCUGCGAGGGUUAACUAUUCUUUAUAACUUUUUCGAUUUUAAAUAUCUUUUUACAAACCUGGAGCACCUGCUACAGUUCGUCCUUAUUCUGGUGGUGAGUGUUGCCCAGAUUCGUCUUGAUUUGUCGAAACCUGGCUUACUUGUAACACGUGGCGUAUUCCGGUUGGUAGGUGUUGCAUUCAUCUCCGAGUACUCGACUUUGUCUAAAUUGUUUUUAAUUACUAAUUUUGCAAUUUGUAGAAGAGAAAUAGUUCUAAAAAUGAAUGCUUCUAAGACAAACAUGUAUGUUAGUCGCCAACCUCACUGAAAUACUAUACAUGGUCAGUGUUACUACAUGACACAUAGACUUGGACUCUGAAAGUUGAUACGAUCAUUCGCCUAGAGGCAUUUGAGAUGAGGUUGCAUGGAAGAAUGACCCAAAUAUCCUGGAGAGGCAUCCAUACCAACGAAGCUGUGUUAAAUAAAGUUCGUUGGUUAUUGAGAACUGUUAAAAUAAGAAAAAAAUUCCUAACGAGGGCAUGUUCUUAGAGGAGACUAAUAGUACAGGCUCAUUCGGCUUAUCAUGAAAGGUAAAUCUAGGGCUGCAGAGGAAUUUGAACUAAGCAGAUGUCAUGAUGAUGUUCUUAUUACAACCAACCAAGAACUAGCCACAAUGUUGACUCAACUAGCACAAGCGUUAGAAAAGAUAGGGUUAAAAAUGAACAUGAGUAAAACAAAAAUCAUGACAAAUACAAACGUAAAUAACAUACAGCGUUUUUGGAAAAUUAAGAUGGAUACUAAAAACCACACAGAUACAACAGUACCAAAAAAACAGUAAAAAUCCGUGUAUUUGAUCAGUGCAUCCUUCCUGUUCUGACGUAUGGCUCAGAAAUAUGGACAUUAACAAAGGUCAACAUAAACAAAAUAGAAAUAACUCAAAGAAAAAUGGAAAGAUCCGAGACAGGAAGAUAAAAGAUGGAAUGCUGAAAUACCAAACUGGAGACCGUGGACAGGAAGACCUCAGAUGCCAUGGAAGAACGAUAUUGUAAAAGCUGCAGGAACUCACUGGAAAAGCGCAGCCAAGGACAGACAGAUAUGGGGAAGGCCUAGGCCAAAAUUGGAUAGAAAUGGGCUAAAGAAAAAGAAGGUUUCAUGUCUGAAGAACAUUCGCGAUUGGACAGGAAUACGCAGUGCCGAAGAACUAUUCCGAUUAGCAAGACCGUGAACAACUUGCUAAUGUAAUCGUUUUAAACUAUCGUAUUUUCUUCUUCUUUCUAGCAUGAUCCAUCAUGCUAGUUAGUCCAGAAAGCCACUGCGCAUCCGCUAGGAAAAAUAUUCUGAUUCGGAUUUUUUGCACAAUCUUACUCAAAAAGGUCUCCUUUUAACAAAUUUGCAUGUUGCCAGGACCAAAAGGUGGUCAAAAUUUUUUUAAACGUUUUUUUUUGUUUUUUUCCUAAAAUUAUUUUUUUUGCAUGGAAAAAAGUUUUUUUAGGUUUUUUGGAUCAUUCCAAACAGAAAAGGUCUUUAGUAAUUUUUCUCUAAAACUGAUAGUUUUUGACAUAUAAGCGAUUAAAAAUUGAAAAAUUUCGAAAUCGGCCAUUUUUAACCCUCAAAAACUAUGCGAAAAACUGAAAAUUUGAAUGUUGCCAAGGUAGAUAUAUAUUCUUUAAACAUCGAUUGAUGAAAUCCCGAAGAGUUUUUUGCAAUAUAAUAUUCAAAACUCCUUUGUUUUUUAAUUGCUAAUCAAGCGUGCGCGACAGUAUGGUGCAAAUGAAAGGAAUAAAUUCGUUAUUUCGUAAACCGGCGACUUUAAGGAAAAAUCCCGAAACAGGUCGAUUUUUAUUUUUAAGUUAUGAUAUUGUGGCAUAUAUGGUAUACUACUGACGUCAUCCAUCUGGACGUGAUGACGUAAUCGAUGAUUUUUUUAAAUGAGAAUAGGGGUCGUGUGCUAGCUCAUUUGAAAUGUUAUUCAAUUCUCUAUUCAGUAAUAUAAACAUUUACAUAAUUAUUUAUACAGGGUGUCCAAAAAAUUUUUAUUAAAUUAAGUUAUUUGACAAAAAAAGAAGUAUAAGGACACCCUGUAUAAACAAUUAUGUAAAUGUUUACAUUACUGAAUAGAGAAUUGAAGAACCUUUCAAAUGAGCUACCACAUGACCCCUAUUCUCAUUUAAAAAAAUUAUCGGUUACGUCAUCACGCCCAGACGCAUGACGUCACUAGUAUACCAUAUAUGCCACAAUAUCAUAACUUAAAAAUAAAAAUCGACCUGUUUCGGGAUUUUUCCUUAAAGUCGCCGGUUUACGAAAUAACGAAUUUAUUCCUUUCAUUUGCACCAUACUGUCGGUGGAAAAUAGUGUCGCGCACGCUUGAUUAGCAAUUAAAAAACAAAGGAGUUUUGAAUAUUAUAUUGCAAAAAACUCUUCGGGAUUUCAUCAAUCGAUGUUUAAAGUAUAUAUCUACCUUGGCAACAUUCAAAUUUUCAGUUUUUCACACAGUUUUUGAGGGUUAAAAAUGGCCGAUUUCGAAAUUUUUCAAUUUUUAAUCGCUUAUAUGUCAAAAACUAUCAGUUUUAGAGAAAAGUCACUAAAGACUUUUUCUGUUUGGAAUGAUCCAAAAAACCUUAAAAAACUUUUUUCCAUGCAAAAAAAAUAAUUUUAGGAAAAAAACAAAAAAAAAACGUUUAAAAAAUUUUUGACCACCUUUUGGUCCUGGCAACAUGCAAAUUUGUUAAAAGGAGUCCAUUUUGAGUAAGAUUGUGCAAAGAAUCCGAAUUAGAAUAUUUUUCCUAGCGGAUGCACAGUGGCUUUCUGGACUAAGUAGGCUACUGACUGUUCAUUGCCAUCAAGUUUCCCCCUUCCGAUGAGGUCCAGCAUUCUCACCAUCGUUUUGGUGUUCUACCUACUGGGUACUAUUGUAUCAUUUUCAAUAAAGUCUUUAUCUAUUUAAAGAUUUUACUGCUCUAUGUGAGACUCUUUACAUAUCUACUCAUAAUUUAAAAAUUAAAAAUGUGAUUUUUGCUGCCAUAUUUCAAAAUGGUUCUAAAUCAAAACUUCAUUUUUUUAUCACUAUACUGUUUAUUGAUUAAACAUGUGAUGAUAGUCUUGCCUUAUAGACACUCUUAAAACUUGUUAUCCAUGUAAUUUUUAUACUAAAAUAAAUAACAAUUUGCCAAAAACUGUAAACCGCUAAUACAUUCCAAAGUUAACCAAAUGUGUAGUAUAUUUGUACAGAGUUGGUCCAAAAAUCAAUAAUUCCAUAAUACCUGUUAAUACGAUGUACAUGAAUUUUUAAUAAACAAUUUAUUAAUCUUAA